AUGUCCCUUCCACGUCGACCGACGCGGACGCAGUCGCGCAGACUGUUGUCCUCCAUGUCCCUUCUCUUCCUCGCCUUCCUCGCCAUCAUUCUUUUGUGCCCGGUUUCCGUAAGUGCCGAUGAGGACAAGGCCAAGUACGGCCCGGUUAUUGGUAUCGAUUUGGGAACGACCUACUCUUGCGUCGGUGUUCAGCGCGGCGGACGGGUGGAGAUUAUCGCCAACGACCAGGGUCACCGUAUUACGCCUUCAUGGGUUUCUUUCACGGAGGAGGAGCGACUUGUCGGAGACAGCGCGAAGAACGCGUUCCACUCGAACCCGGAGAACACCGUUUUCGACGCGAAGCGUCUUAUUGGCCGCAAGUACGAUGAGCCCGACGUCCAGCGUGACAUGAAGCACUGUCUCUGUCAGGCCGUUCAAGAUCACACCAAGAGCGGGAAGCCGAAUGUCCAGGUCAAGUUCAAGGGCGAGCUCCGCGAAUUCAGCCCCGAGGAGAUUUCUGCCAUGGUCCUGGGCAAGAUGAAGGAGACUGCCGAGGCCUACCUUGGUCAGACCGUCACCCACGCGGUUGUCACGGUUCCUGCCUACUUCAACGACGCCCAGCGUCAGGCAACCAAGGACGCUGGCACCAUCGCCGGCCUCCAGGUUCUCCGUAUCAUCAACGAGCCCACCGCUGCCGCCAUCGCCUACGGUCUCGACAAGAAGGGCGGCGAGUCUCAAAUCAUCGUCUACGAUCUGGUGCUGGCUACUGCUGGUGACACCCACCUUGGCGGUGAGGACUUCGACAACCGGGUCAUCGACUUCCUCGUGAAGCAGUACAAGAAGAAGACUGGUACCGAUGUCACGGGCAACCUCCGCGCGCUCGGCAAGCUGAAGCGCGAGAACGGCAACGACUUCUCGGAGACCCUCACCCGCGCCAAGUUCGAGGAGCUCAACAUGGACCUUUUCCGCAAGACCAUGAAGCCCGUCGAGCAGGUACUCAAGGACGCCAACCUCAAGAAGGAGGACAUCGACGAGGUCGUCCUUGUCGGGCAGCUCCUUAAGGAGUACUUCGGCAAGGAGCCCUCGAAGGGUAUCAACCCCGACGAGGCCGUCGCGUACGGUGCCGCUGUCCAGGGUGGUAUCCUCGCCGGUGACGAGUCGCUCGGUGACGUCGUCCUCGUCGAUGUCAACGCCCUCACUCUCGGUAUCGAGACUACCGGUGGUGUCAUGACCAAGAUCAUCCCCCGCAACACCGUCAUCCCUACUCGCAAGAGCCAGAUCUUCUCCACUGCUGCCGACAACCAGCAGACCGUUCUGAUCCAGGUCUUCGAGGGUGAACGUACCCUGACGAAGGACAACAACAUCCUUGGCAAGUUCGAGCUCACCGGCAUCCCCCCGUCUCCCCGCGGUGUCCCUCAGAUUGAGGUUACUUUCGAGGUCGACGCCAACGGUAUCAUGAAGAUCUCCGCCGCCGACAAGGGAACUGGCAAGUCGGAGUCAAUCACCAUUAAGAACGAGAAGGGUCGCCUGUCGCCCGAGGAGAUCGAGCGCAUGGUCAAGGAGGCUGAGGAGUUUGCCGCGGACGACGAGGCCCAGCGGAAGCGCAUCGAGGCGCUCAACCACCUGUCGUCGUUCGUGUACGGUCUUAAGACGCAGCUCGCCGACGACGAGGGGCUCGGUGGCAAGCUUGACGACGACGACAAGAAGGCAAUCCUCGCCUCGAUCAAGGAGACGACGGAGUGGAUCGACGAGAACGGGCAGACGGCGACCGCGGACGACCUCGAGGAGAAGCUCGCGGAGGUGCAGAGCGUCGUGAACCCGAUCACGAGCAAGCUCUACUCCAGCGGCGGCGCGGGUGGGGCUGACGAUGACGAGUUCGACCGCUCACACGACGAGCUGUGA